UCAACACACACAGCAUUGAUCAAACAUAUAGCAAAUUAAACCCUCUUAGCUUAGUGUAAAUUAAAAUGGCAAAGCUUGCUUCGAUUGCUUUGAUUUUUGGUUUAUUAACAACACUUGUUUUGCUAUCAUCAUGCCCAGCUAUGUCUCGAGAAGUUGAGGAUGAAAGUGAGUUUAAUUAUGAUGAAGAUAGUGAUCAAGGACCUCAUAAUUGGGGAGACAUUAAACCCGAAUGGUUUAGGUGCAAAAAUGGAACAAUGCAAUCGCCAAUUGAUUUGUUGAAUCAUAGGGUUCAAAUUGUGUCCAAUUUAGGAGGACUUCAGAUCAACUACACUCCCUCUAAUGCAACUCUUAAAAAUAGGGGUCAUGAUAUCAAGCUGGAAUUGAUUGCAAACUCAAGCUAUCUACAAAUUAAUGGAACUCAGUAUGUACUUAAACAGUUACAUUGGCAUUCUCCCUCUGAACACACCAUAGAUGGCAAAAGGUUGGAUCUAGAGUUACAUUUGGUACAUGAAACUCCAUCAGGAGAAACGGCAGUGAUUGGAAUAUUGUACAAAACAGGAUUACCAGAUCUUUUCUUGUCAUUGUUGAGAAAAGACUUAGAGGCAAUUUCUACUAGUACAGGAGAAGAAAGAUCAGUGGGUGUAGUUGAUCCUAGGAUGAUUCAAUUCAACAAAAUGCAUUAUUAUAGAUACAUUGGUUCGUUGACUACUCCUCCUUGUGAUGAAAAUAUUACUUGGACAAUUGUUAGAGAGGUGAAAUUUGUUUCAAAGGAGCAAAUCGAAUUGCUUCGAGUUGCAGUUCAUGAUGACUCAGAUUCUAAUGCAAGACCAUUGCAACCAUUAAACAACCGUUUAGUGCAACUCAACAAACUAAAAGGCUAUCAACAUUGAAGUUUCAAUGCAUUUGUGAGGACUAGAACAUGAUUGAGAAUUUUCUAGAAUAAUUAAUAAACUCAUGGACCAUGGUUAUUCAUUGCUACCAUAUUUAUUGUUCUAUUCGUUACAUGGUUGUAGUGUACUCCAUUGUAAUAAAACUAUAUUUCAAUUUAAUAAAAAACUCAAAUAGUUGGGUUAGUUA